GAUGAAUGUUUCCAUUUCUCUAUACACUAACAUUUUUUGAAACUUUAUAAUUUGUUGGUGACGUCUUAUCCAAUUCUAUCAAACUAAAUGACAAGACAAACAUAUAUUAAUGAUCUUUCCUUCAAAGGCAGAUAUUGGACUUCCGUCUGGGAAAUCACUUUUCCAGAUCCAAGCUGAGAGAAUUUUGCGUGUGCAAAGAUUAGCAGCUAGAUCAGCAAAUGAAGGUGCUGGCAUUCUUCCAAUCCACUGGUAUAUCAUGACUAGUCCAUUCACAGAUGAACCCACACGGAAAUUUUUUGAAUGUUAUAAAUAUUUUGGCCUCAAUGAAGAUCAAGUUACAUUCUUCAAACAGGGAACAAUUCCAUGUGUCUCAAAGGAUGGACGAUUUAUAAUGGAGACUCCAUAUAGAGUAGCCAAGUCUCCUGACGGGAAUGGAGGAGUUUAUACUGCAUUGAAGUAUGAGAAGUUAUUGGAAGAAAUGUCAACGAGAGGCAUUAAAUAUAUAGAUUGUUAUGGGGUUGACAAUGCUUUGGUCCGAGUUGCAGAUCCAACCUUUUUGGGUUAUUUCAUUGAUAAGGGUGUGCCUGCUGCUGCAAAAGUUGUAAGAAAGGCAUACCCACAAGAAAAGGUUGGUGUGUUUGUACGACGAGGCAAAGGUGGGCCUCUCUCCGUGGUUGAAUAUAGUGAACUGGAUCCACAAUUGUCAAGCGCAACCAACCAGGAAACUAGCCGUCUUCGUUUUUGUUGGAGUAAUGUUUGCUUGCAUAUGUUCACUUUGGAUUUCCUGAAUCUAGUAGCAAAUGGACUUGAGAAAGACAGCAUCUAUCAUCUCGCUGAGAAGAAAAUAGCGUCAAUCCAUGGGCAUACAAUGGGCUACAAACUAGAGCAGUUCAUAUUUGAUGCAUUUCCUUAUACUCCUUCAACAGCACUCUUUGAGGUGCUGAGGGAAGAAGAAUUUGCUCCAGUGAAAAAUGCAAAUGGGACAAACUUUGACACUCCAGAUAGUGCAAGACUGCUUGUUCUUCGCCUCCAUACACGUUGGGUGGUAGCGGCUGGUGGCUUCCUAACACAUUCAGUGCCCUUAUAUUCAACGGGGGUUGAAGUUUCACCUCUGUGUUCAUAUGCUGGAGAAGAUUUGGAAGCCCUUUGCCGCGGCAGAACAUUCCACGCUCCUUGCGAAAUCUCGAUUUAGAUUUUUUUGUUUUAAAGACCACAUUUUGAACCAAACAAUCAGGUUUUGAAGACAUUCUUUCCCUUUGCUCUUCAUUUUGGGUUGUAUUUGGUGUAAAUGCAAAGACAUUUGGUUCAAAUUGUCUUGAUUUAUAUACUCUACACUCCAACUUUUUUUCUCCAUUUUCUUUCUUCUUUCUGUUUUGCUGUUCCCCAUUUUUUUUGCAUAUUA